AUGCCCAAACCAAAUCUUCGACUUCAAACCGCCCCGCCAUCGAUUUUGAAGCCCGUGAAAGCCCGCGUCCACGUCCACCCCCCCAAGACAGAGACCACCACACAGCCCAACAUGGACGGCGAGGACCCCAAGGAGAGACCCCAGGACAUCACGGCCAUCAUCACCGGCCUCGAGCGCUACAACCCGGAGGCUGUCGUCUACCUCGAGAACUACCUGAAGGAGCAGUGCGAAAACCGAUUCCACGAUGGCAGCGCCAACCGGACCCUGCUGAAGCUGUACCAGCUCAACCCGGACCGCCUGCAGAACGAUGUCGUCACCAACGUGCUCGUCAAGGCCCUGACCUGCUUCCCCUCGCCCCAGUUCUCGCUCGCCCUGCACCUCAUCUCCCCCUCGGUACUUGCGCCCAACUCGCGCAACGACCUGCCCGAGGCCAUUGGCCACCUGCGCGAGCUCAACAACCAGCUCGAGGGUGCCCAGUACGCCCGCUUCUGGGCCACCAUCGACAGUGACGACCUGUACGCCGACCUGAUUGCCGACAUCAACGGCUUCGAGGAGCUCAUCCGCAUCCGCAUUGCCACCCUUGUGAGCCACGCCUCGCGGGAGGUCGACAUCAACGUACUUGCCGGCUGGUUGGGCCUGGACGAGGGUGCCGCGCGGAAGUUUGUUACCGACAACGCUGGCUGGAAGGUGGAGGGUGACGUCGUCAAGGUGCCCCGCAACGCCGAGAACGAGGCGAAGAAGACCGAGGUGCGCGAGGACGUCAACGUCGACAUGUUCUCGAGGAUCGUGCGCAGAGCCUGGGAAGAGACGGCAUGA